CACUACAACCAUCCUCUCGCAAGCAGUCCUUCCCGAGCGCAAGCUGCGGAUUCGCGCCCCUUUCUAGAAAAACGAGUGUGGCUGGGGAAGAGGUUUUGGUCUACUUUGGGCCCCUGCCUCGGCCAAUGGGGAGGAAGCUAUUCGACGCUCUUUCCACUGGGUGUUAGGUGGCCCGUUCUCCCUGCCAAGAGUGCUUGGGGGUGCGGGUCCUGUGGCUGAGAAGAGCAGUAGAGGCGAGAGUGGGGCUAAGUAUAGUUUCAAAUAAAAUAUUAAAAUAAGGGUGCGAAGGAGACUAAAAGGAAGAAUAGGAAUCAGGGAACGAAAAGAGGAAUGAAAAGGCAGUCUGGGAGAGAGAAAAGUUAGGAAAAGAAAGAUGUGCUUCCUCAACCGUCGGGCGCUGCUUCGGAAGCCUUAAAAGCAAAAAAGGCACAAAGGAAAUAUAGCUUCUGAGCUGAAUGAUGACAACACUGCAGAGUAAAGAAGAAUAUGGGAAAGGACCAAAAAAAUCCUUUGCCCCACCUACACAAAAAUUGCAUAGCCUGAUGCCCUAUAGCCCUAACUCACCCGCAGAGGAGUCCCUGGGGAUCAGUUCUCCAGAGGCACAAGCCAGGCCAAACCUGCUAAAGGCCAAGUUAGAGAAGAAGAAGGCAAAGGCAACCACAAAGAAUGGUCCAAGCAGUGGCCAGGAGAAAAAAGUAAAGGCUCAAGACAACAAGCAAGCAAAGAAGAAAAAAAAGGAAAAAUCAAGUCUUACCAAUGCUGAAUUUGAGGAGAUUGUGCAGCUUGUGCUACAGAAGUCCCUCCAGCAGAGCUUGGGGAUGGAAUCUAGCCUUGAUUUUGCAGAGACUUCCUGUGCCCAGCCCCUCAGAUGUACCCAGUUAGACAAGGAACCAGGAAUUGCUUCUUCUACUACUGAUAAUGAUAAUGCUGAUGGAGAGAGGGUAAUGGUGCCUCAUAUUCUAGAGAUUUCAACCUCUCAAGAAGAUGGAGUAAUCCCUGAGAUAAAGACAUCUAAGCCAGGCCAGCCAGGUCCUGUACCCCGCAAGAAGAAAUUCAAUAGACUCUCCUUAAGUAAAAGAAAGAAGGAAGCUCAAGAUGAGAAAAUGCAAAAAUCCCAAAGUGGACAUGAGCACAGACAGAAAUACCAACCAAAGAAAAUGGUUCAGGUUCAUUCCCAGACCAUAGAUCAACAAAAAGGAGAAGAAAGUGGUUUUGGUCAAUGUGUAGUCUGGGUCCAGUGUUCUUUCCCAAAUUGUGAAAAAUGGCGUCGACUUCGUGGGAAUAUUGAUCCCUCAGUCCUUCCAGAGAAUUGGUCCUGUAACCAGAAUACAGAUUUGGAGUAUAAUCGCUGUGAUAUCCCUGAGGAGACCUGGGCAGGGCGUGAGAGUGAUGUGGCCUAUGCCUCCUACAUCCCAGGAUCCAUCAUCUGGGCAAAGCAAUAUGGCUACCCCUGGUGGCCAGGCAUGGUAGAAUCUGAUCCUGACCUGGGGGAGUAUUUUCUUUUUGCUUCUCAUCUUGAUUCCCUGCCGUCUAAGUACCACGUGACAUUUUUUGGAGAAACAGCCUCUCGUGCUUGGAUCCCAGUCAACAUGCUAAAGAACUUCCAGGAGCUGUCUCUGGAGCUAGCUGGAGUGAGAAAGUAUAAGAACAAGGACUACAGCCACAAGUUGGGGGUAGCCCUGAAAAUGGCUCGAGAAGCAGAACAGAUCAGUAUUCAGGAACGGGUUAACUUGUUUGGUUUCUGGAGCCGAUACCGUGGAUCUGACAAUAGUGGGGAGAGAAAAGAUUCAGUGUUCUCUGGGGCUAACAGCUCAGGUUCCUCCGUGGAGAAAGAAGAGGAAGAGUCAGAGUUGGAGGAGGAAGAGGAAGAGGAAAAAGACCUAACUUUGUCCAGUCCCAAGCCAGCCAAAGUUCAGACAAAAAAACCCAAUGCAAGAGGCAUAGCAGCUGGACGAGAUGGGACCCCACAAAGGAAGCCCAUGAAGAGAUAUCUGGUAAAUAAACCUGUAGCUGCUCCUGUACCCAUAACAGGGAGGAAGGAAGUGCACGGCAAUUCAGACCCUGAACAGCCAGGCGCUAAGAAAAAAUUUAAAGCUCCCCAGAGCAAGGUCUCAGUAACAAGUUUGUCUGAAGAAAAAGAGGUUAGAAUGGUGCCAAAGGGCCUGAUCCCACCAGCUCGUCACGGGACCUGUCCUGCGGUGGGGAAGGAAGGGCCUGGACCCCAGGAGCCGCCUCAGGAGGCUGGAAGCUUCCUCCCUGACGAUGAAGCCUCCAGUGACCUGGACCUGGAGCAACUCAUGGAAGAUAUUGGAAAAGAAUUGGAGCAGAGUGUGGAGCUGCAGCAUAGAGAUGACGCAGAGGAGUUCACCUUCUUUGAGGAGUAGUUCUGUGCUCUUGUGUUCUCACCCUGUUCCCUGGGAGCACGAGGCAGAGUUGUUGAGAUUGGUCAUUGACUACAAGGUUAAUCGGCUAGUCAGAGUUGUGUGGGUUAUGUAUUAAUAAAAUAGGUUACCUGCUUAAUUGAUUUGGUUUGUCUCUAACCACAUGCUUCCUUUUGGCUUCUCUCCCUCCUCCGCCGUGUCACUGUGGCACAUCAUCAUUUCUGGCGGGAGGCCUGCACACUAUAGGAAUCUGGGAAGGCAAUGACACCUGAGUCCUGGAGAAGGACAUUGAUAAGGGCAGGUCUGGGUCCAAAUCCUGCCUCACCACUUACUACCGUGUUUCCCUGAAAAUAAGACCUAGCUGGACAAUCAGCUCUAACGUGUCUUUUGGAGCAAAAAUUAAUGUAAG